GGGGGAGAGGCGCGCGGGGCUGCGCUCGGUUAUUUGGUGAUGGAACCUCCUCCGCCGCCGCAGGUGCCGGUCCGAGUCUCGGCUGCCUCUUCUCCCGCGCUGGCCGUGGGGCAGCCCAGGGUUUUGAGUAGGCCGGAGCCGCCGGGCUCGGACUCGGGCUGGGAGCGGGUCCGGGAGCUCUUCCGGCGAGACGAGCUAAAUCAGUACCCUGAAGAAACGAUCAAUAUCAUCAAAGCAACGUUUUCCGGGGUUAUUGUCGGCAUAGUCUAUGGCGGGGUACCCGGUUUUAUAUACGCCAAGAGACGGUACAUUGAGCAGAGCCAAGGAGAGAUUUUCCACAAUCGCCUGGAUGCUGCGCAAUCUGCACAUCGUGCGGCAACCAGGGGCUUCAUCCGUUAUGGCUGGCGUUGGGGCUGGAGAGUUGCUGCCUUUGUGGCAAUAUUCAACACAGUGAGCACUGCUAUGUCUGCAUACCGGGAUAAAAAUGCCCUCAGUCACUUUGCCGUUGCAGGAGGUUGUACAGGAGCCUUGUUCAGAAUGCACAUGGGCUUGAGAGGUUUGGUUGGAGGGAGCCUUUUUGGGACGUUGUUGGGUGUACCUGCUGGAGCAUUACUGAUGGCAUUGCAAAAAUUUGCUGGUGAAACCGUGAUCGAGAGAAGAAAACGAGAGCAAUGGGAGCUGUAUGAACAGAAGCUGGCAGAAUGGAGGACCAGGCUCAGCAUCACUGAAAACAUCUCAAAGGAAAUGGAUGAUGUACUUCAGGAAGGAGCUUCUCCCAGAUCAUGACUGAAAACAAAUGUUCUUAGUAUUUCACACUGAAACUCUUAACAAGUGGUGUUAAAAGUUUUCCUUGUGGCCUGUUGCUCAGUACAAAAUGGACUCUCUUGAAGAGCUCCUAGGUUUGUCAGACAAACCAGGAACAUGGAAAGUUCAGCUUCAGGUGAUGACUAGCUGCUACCUCUUUAGCUGGGAGAGGAAUAAGCUUGAAUUACUUCUCUGGAUAGUGAAAGUACAAAAUUCAUUUGCGAUAUGCUAUAAGGGAUAACAUGGUUGUAUUCCGAAGGUCUCCAGGGUAAGUUGAUGGGCUGAACGGUGGAGUAAAUCUAAAAGAAUAAAGAAAAAUAAUUCUU